AGGCAGUGUUACCAGGCAUUGUUAAUUUAAGUUCACAAGACUUUGUGUUCUUUUAUUUUCCUUUGAACCCUUUGCUUAGUAUUUGCUAUUUUCACCAUAAAUCUACCUCGUUUUAUUUGCUUACGUUGUAGUUGCUUGCAAUAUAAAAUAAUAAAAGGACUGCCGCUGACGAUUCCGGGGAUUACAUUUCCAAGGACACUUUCUAAGGUCAUUAUGUUUUCCAUGAGCUAUGUUCUACUGCUCCCCCUGCUGGCUGGGAGUACUCCUUAUUAUCAGGAUCUGUUUCCGACUGACUGUGCUGACGUCUAUACUAAUGGACACACAGUUAGUGGAGUUUACACCAUCUAUCCUGCAGAGGACACACCUGUCCAGGUGUACUGCGACAUGGACUGCUGGGGAACCCAAACAAAGAAUGGGAAUUGGACGGUGUUUCAGAGGAGAAUGGACGGCAGUGUGAAUUUCUACAGACCAUGGGAGCACUACAAGAAAGGUUUUGGGAACAAGGAUGGAGAAUACUGGCUGGGACUGGAGAAUCUCUACCAGCUCACACGUAAGAGGAAAUACGAGCUGAGAGUGGAUCUGCAGGACUUUGAUGGAUCAUCAGUUUCCGCACACUAUUCCUAUUUCUCUAUAGAUUCUGAGGCUGAGGGCUACAGGCUGAACGUUAGGGGUUUCAUCAAUGGAGGUGCUGGUGAUUCUAUGGAAUCCGCCGAUCAACAGAAAUUCUCCACCCCUGACAGAGACCAGGACUCUUAUGCAGGGAACUGUGCUAAACUCUACCUUGGUGCAUUUUGGUACAAUCAGUGCCACCAUGCUAACCCUAAUGGGAUAUACAUUUGGGGAAGUGACAACACUCAUUUUGCUAUUGGAAAUGUGUGGAACACUUGGAAAGGCUAUAAUCAUGGUUUAAAAUCCAUCACUAUGAAAAUCAGACCUGUGAUAUAAUGAUUUGAGGUUUCACUUUACUGUACACUUCACCCAUACACUGAAUGGGUUGAAAGAUGUAACUAUAUUGAUUCAUUUAAAUUUAAUAAAACACUGAAUUUUGGGAAAUUUGA